AUGGCUUCGACUAGUGUAAGAGCUCGUCCGGUAAAUGUACGGACCGAACUGAAUGUUUUGGCCAUGUUACUUCAGGCCAAACAGAGCUACACGGUGAUCCAGAGAAUGCUCACGGAUCAAGCAAAUGCGCUGGAAAUGGUUUUUGAUGAGAUUGAAGAGCAGGAAUGCCAUUUGAAGAAUUGUAAAGUGAGUUUAUUGUGUGAUUUUUAGAAGUGCUGAAAAGGCGACAAUAAGGUUUCUUUUGAGCGAAUGUACGAAAAUUAAUGUGUGCAAAAUCAAAGUCUUGUCGUUGCUUUGGCCACUUUCCUCAUCCAAUCUAAUAAUGGACAUUUUCAGGAAGACCUUGCAAAAAUACGAGGUCUUAUCGACAAGCUUAUUGAAAAAUGUGCCAGUAUCCGAGCCGGAAAUCGUUUGUGCAACAGGUUGAAGAAGGCGUUCAAUCGCGUAUUUAGUCAAUGGGUUGCGGCAUGGAAAGCGCUUCACCAGGUCAAAAAGGAAAUUGCCGAAGCUGAUGAGAAAGAAGAAGAAACGGAAAACAAUGGUGAGACGAAUAAUAAAGAGAAAGAAGAAACAUAA